CAACCGAAAAUGGCRGCGUCCGAACAAAAAACCACAAAAUUAUUUUUUACAAUAAGUUGAGUUUCUUAAUGUUCUUAUUUGUGCUCGAUUAAUUAUUUAGUGUAACAAUUAAUUUUUUUUCUUGCGUUUUGCAUAAUCGUUCAAAUUUUUGACAUCUGUCAUUAUGACAGUGACAGUUCUCAGCUGAUGGGGCCGCGACAAUGUCGAGCUCCGAAGCCCCCCCACACGACAAAGACCCGUCGCAAUGUAAAGUGUUGAUCCUGGGGGCCGGCAUGGCAGGCCUCUCCGCCGCUUACCACCUCUCCAAGAACGGUUUCAGCGACUACAAACUCCUGGAGGCGCGAAACCGASUCGGGGGRCGCAUCGUGCAAAUCAAAAUGGGUAACGAACCGGUAGAAUUGGGGGCUAACUGGAURCACGGCGUCCUCGGCAACCCCGUCUACGAACUGGCCAUGCAACACGGUCUCGUCGACAUAAUGCAAACCCCCAAGCCCCACAAAGUGGUCGCAGCGACGGAAAACGGCAAGCAGGUCCCCUUUGCCACCUUGCACGAGAUCUACGAGGCAUAUCUGUGUUUUCUGCGGCGCUGCGAGGAGUAUUUCCUCUCGCAGUAUUUGCCCCCUGAGGGGGUUGACAGUGUCGGGGACCACAUUAAACUAGAAGUGAGUUUGUACUUGGAUAAAAUCCAAGACCCCCGUGAUAGACARUUGAGGGAACUGUUGUUUGAGUGUUUGUUYAAACGGGAGACUUGCAUAAGUGGGUGUGACGAUAUGAACGAGAUUGAUUUACUCGAGUUGGGGACUUACACYGAGCUGCAAGGGGGCAACAUCACCCUCCCAGGGGGGUAUAGCUCCAUCCUGGGGCCUUUGACUCAAGCCAUCCCCCCCGAGAACCUCCUAGUGGGGCACCCUGUCACCCAAAUCCGCUGGAAUCUCACCAAAAGAAACAGUAUUGAUAACGGAAACGACUCCGAUGAUUCUGAUCGAACUGUGAUCGAAGAAAGCGAAAAAAACGUUGAAAUACAUUGUGAUAACGGGAAAGUAUUCAAAGCCGAUCAAGUCAUCUGCACUGUCCCACUCGGGGUCCUCAAACACGCCAAAGACACCCUUUUUCAGCCCCCUUUGCCCGAGUAUAAACGCGAGGCGAUUGAUCGGUUGUUAUUCGGGACUGUUGAUAAGAUUUUGUUGGAGUAUGAGCGCCCCUUUUUGCACCCCAAUAUCACCGAAGUCUUGCUCUUGUGGGAGGCGGAUACGGAGCAUCCUGAGGGGCAGAAUGAUUUGAGCAAAAAUUGGUACAAGAAAAUCUACUCGUUUUCGAAAAUUACUGAAACGAUUAUUUUGGGGUGGAUUUCGGGGAAGGAGGCCGAGUAUAUGGAGACUUUGGGCAAAGAUGAGAUCAAAGACACGUGUACGACGGUGUUAAGGAAGUUUCUCAAUGAUCCUUUUAUACCAAAACCAAAAAAUGUUGUUUGCACAAGCUGGCACAGCCAACCCUACACCCGAGGCUCCUACACCGCGAUAGCCGUGGGGGCUUCCCAGAUCGACAUCGAGUGUUUAGCCCAACCCCUAUUCCUCGACGAGGAGGAAACUAAACCUGUGGUGUUAUUCGCUGGCGAACACACCCACUGCAAUUUUUACUCGACGGUUCACGGGGCCUACUUAACAGGUAGAACCGCGGCUCAGACAGUUUUACAAGCAGGGGCCCCCCAGGAAAUGGUGCUAGAUUGCGAAGAGGACGCCGAUUUGAGUUCUUGGGUGCAAGGAAUCUGUCUUGAGUAACUUAACUAGACUAUUUUAGGAGCGCUUAACUUUUGUUACCAUGCUAGUCAUUUUUUUAAGAUUUGACAUUGUUUCAUUAAAAAAUACACAAUU